AUGAGAUCAGAUGGCCACCGUGUUGUGGACAUAGACCUUUUGGAAGACGACGAACUCGUCCCACUUCCUCGGAUGCAGGAUCUGAGGAUCUACACGCUUGACCCAAUGGCGUCGCGAGAUGUAGUAGUCGACUACGAAGCCCUUAUAGAAACGGGAAACCAUGUCGACUUCCAUCCCAAUCUUCAAAUGAUCGAAACACUGGCGUCUGCGUGGUUGAAAGAAUGCUUCUCGAACCACGAAGACUGUAUUACAGCAUCAACAGCCUCAGCAGCCGACUUGCCAACUCGCCUCCUGGGUCUCGGAGACGUGGAGAAACACGGCGUGGUACGCUUGUGGCAUACAAAAGGUGCUAGAGGACAGUACACCGCGUUGAGUCACCGCUGGGGCAGCAGUCAACCCGCCAAAACCACGAAAGCGAAUCUUGCUGCAAGAUUACAAGGCUUCCCUCGCACAGAGCUGCCCCAAACAUUUUGCGAUGCUGUAGAGGUUACGCUUUGUCUGGGCAUCCGCUACUUGUGGAUUGAUUCUCUUUGUAUGGUCCAGGACGACCAUGACGACUGGAAAGACCAGCCUGCGCAAAUGGGCGAUCUGUAUCGCAAUGCGCAUGUGACAAUCGCAGCUACAAGGGCAUUGAAUAGCGAUAGCGGGUUUCUAGGCCCACGAAAGCGGACUGCAAUAGCUAGGCUACAACCUCGAAGAGGAUGCGAGCAAGAAGUCUACAUCAGCCACCGUCGCUCUUUCGCCGAAGACGUCGAGAAGGCUCCUUUGAACCGGCGGGCCUGGGUAUUUCAAGAACGGAUACUCUCUCCACGCAUCCUUCGCUUCACCGAGACCCAGGUCUAUUGGGAGUGCUGGACAAUGCAUCAAGGUGAAGAUCUUGAGUCCAAACAACUUGGCAUGAUGAAGCGCGAAACCUACCCUUCGAGUCUGGCACCGCAUAGCGUAUCCUCUGACGCGCCAUCUAAGCCUGCUCAAUGGCUAAAGAUGUCAGCUCAGUACUCUGAGCUCCAGCUCUCAUUCCCAUCGGAUAGGUUGGUCGCCAUCUCCGGGCUCAUUAGCAGAAUGGCAGUUAGGACAGCGCGGAAGUUCUACAAAGGCGUCUCGUUGGAGUAUAUGCACAUGGGACUGUUGUGGUCGUCUGUCAACCCGCCGAUGGAUAAUUUGGGUGCAAAUGUCGCACCGUCAUGGGGUUGGGCCAGUCAUCAAGGAGCGAUCAACUACGUUCAGUUAUAUUUGCCUUCGUCCGAUCCAGACCUCCGCUUUGUCGAGGAAAUACGGUUACCAUGGAGCAGUGACGCCGGCGAUAUUGACUACACAUUGCAAGGACAUAGCACAAAGUUGCGAGCCGACUUCAGGCUUGAACGUGAAGCUCAUAAAAGGCAGCCAGAGGGGUGGUUCCCAGUCGAGCUGCAUUCCAAGGCUAGUGUCUACCAUAAGAUCAGAUGCUCGAAUCCUGAUCAUUAUGGCGACGGUAUUUUCGGCUACAUCUCCGAACUUAGCGGCGACAACGAGGAUUGGAACGAUAUUUUCGGCUGGGUUACGCUUGAUGAAGAGAACGGCUUCGUAGCAGACGUCGAAGGCCUGCGUUUCCUCAUGGUAUUGCCACAGCCGAAAACGCGAAGUAAAACCCCGGAUAGCGAGGGACCGCUUAUCUCGGAUGAGGAAUCAGAGCUCUCAUUUUCCAUGGAAGUGGUGAACGUCGGCGAAGAGAGUAACCCAAGGAACGAGUCAGAUGAAAAAGCAUUAGAGCCUCCACUCUCGGUUCGACACUGCAUGUUAAUCAAACAGAGCAGCGACGGUAAGUGGCGCCGCGUCGGCAUAGCCGCUCUGUAUGACGAGCGAUGCUUGAUGGAAGGCGAGGAUUCGGAGAUCGUUGAAGUGCAUUGA